AACAGUGUGACACCCAGCGGAAGUAAACAACACAAGCGGAAGUAAACAACACAAAGCGCUAGUAGCGUUAGCUGCAUGGACGUGUUGAAUUAGCUGGAAGAAGAUAUUAUAGCCGUAGCGCAGAUAAUCAUUUGUAAUUAAGCAACAAUGUCUUCAGUUGAAUAUUUGAGAGCGUUUGUAAACCAGCGACUAACUGCUGCUGCUGAAGAAAUAUUUAUAGUUAUUGAAAAAGCUAUCUUCGAGUACGAGGAAGAGAUCGAUCGUCAGCGCAAACGGUUGGAUAUCGAAAUGAAGUUCCACAGGAUCACGUUAGAGCUCCCACAGCAACAUGGCUGUAAGGAGGAGGAGGUUCUCGCUGACCAGCAGCUCUGUAUUCAGGAGAGGAACUCCAGUCUGGACCAAGAGGACCCAGAGCCUCCACAGAUUAAAGAGGAACAGGAGGAACUCUGCAUCAAUCAGGAGGGAGAGCAGCUUGAACUGAAGCAGGAGACUGAGACCUUUAUGUUGACUCCUCAUGAUGAGGAAAGUGACCACAGUGAAGAUCAGACUCUGUACUUUAAUCCUGAUAAAAGUCAGAGUGCAGCAGAGACAGAGCUCCCAGCUAGCAUGUGUAAUAGUUGGCUAAAAAACGAAUCUGACUGGGAAAAUCCUGAAAUAUCAGAACCAAACAGUGACCACCAGCUCCUCUCUCACAACUUUCAUGUAGCUGAGAGCCAAGAUCAGAAAGAAGGCAAGAAUGGAGACUCAGGAUCAACUAGUAAUGCAGAACCAGAACAAAGGAAAAGCCCUCACAAAAGCAACAUCCACACUAACAAUGAAUGUAACCCUACUAUGUUAAAUAUUCACUGUAAUACUCACAAAAAGCCUUUAGAAUGUGACAGAUGUGGGAAAGUUUUUAGGUAUAAGUCAAAACUGCAGAGACACCUGAGAAUCCAUACAGGUGAGAAGCCAUUUUCUUGCAGCAUCUGUGGUAAAGGAUUCAUUGAGACAUCAUUAUUGACUGUUCACAUGAGAAUCCAUACAGGUGAGAAGCCAUAUUCUUGCAAAACAUGUGGAAAAGGUUUCAUACGCAGUUGUGGCUUGUUAGACCACAUGAGAACUCACACCGGUGAGAAGCCGUAUACUUGCAAAAAAUGCGGGAAAGGUUUCAAAUGGAGUAGUUGUUUAAAACUCCACAUGAGAACACACUCAGGUGAGAGACCAUAUACUUGCAAAACAUGUGGGAGAGAUUUCAAAUCUAGCAGUAACUUAAAAGGCCACGAGAACUCACACAGGUGAAAUGCUAUAUAACUGCAGCACAGAGGUUUCAGUUUGAGUUAGAAGAGAGAAGCUAUGUACUUAAAAAAAACGUGGAUGGGUUUUUUUAUUUUAGUAAAAAGAUGUAUAACCUCGCAGUAGGUGCAUCUUAGUAUUUACAUACAUGACAAUAUGUUUAAGUAAAAUAAUUUUCUCAAAACAAUCAGUCUUCCAUAUCUUGGGGAUAUUUGUUUCACAGUUAGUGCACAGUAGUGGCUGUUAAUCUUGUGAUUUUUUGUCAGUAGUUCUGGUGUGCAAUCAAUUCAAAACUCUGACCGGCUGAUCUAGAUACAACCUGAUGGACAGGAAACAAGACAAAAAAUAGCAUCACUUUUGUAAUCUAAACAUUUAUACGAUCUAUAGUUAGAGUAGAUACUUUGAAAGUUUAAGCUAGCUAGCUUUUUACCACACUUUGUUUUGUUAUACUUGUUGAAAUUCACUAUGUACUGACAAAAAAAGAAAAAAAUCCGGGAUCUGUGGCUGUCGUAGGACUGUAAUAAGCCCGUCCAAUAAUUUAAUUUGGUCCGAAUGAAAUGAUUGGAUGGGCUGCCUGCCUGCCUGGCACACUCUGCCGUUGCACUCACUGUGCAUCUUCCACAAGCUACUAAGUUCUCAACUGUAAGUACUAACAACAUGUUCAUUGUUUACAUUCAUUAUGUUUACGUUCAUAAUGAUAAUUCUGGAGGAGUUCAAAAUUAAUCUGACCAUGAAAAUUCGGAAGCACCAGAACCAAACAGUGACCUCCAGCUCCUCUCUCACAACUCUCAUGUAGCUGAGAGCCAAGAUCAGAAAGGAGGCAAACAUGGAGACUCAGGAUCAACUAGAAAUGCAGAGCCAAAAUCACAUAAAAGACAUCACAAAAGCACCAGUCACAGUAACAAUGUAUGCAACUCUACCAUGGCAGAAAUUCCCCCUAAUACUUACACAGUGACAAUCUGGGAAAGCUUUUCAGUGUCAAAAUUGGAUAUACACUUGAGAAUCCACACAGGUGAGUAGCCUUAUUUAUGUGAAACAUAAGAUUUAUAUUUUAAUACGGACUUAACAGUCCACAUGAGAAUGCACACUGGUGACAAGCCAUAUUUUUGGCAGCACUUGUGGGAAAAGAUUCAGUCGUACAUCAGAAUUGAAAAGUCACACGGUUGAAAAACCGUACAUUUGCAAGAUCUGUGGGAAAUUUUACUUUUAUAUAUCUGAUUUGGUAAAGUAUAUAAGAUUGCAUACUGGCAAGUAGCUUUAUAAUUGUAAAAUAUAUGGAAGACGUUUCAGUUCUAGUGGAUCAUGGUCAAAACACAAGAACACACAGAAGUGAAGACCCACAUUAUUGCAGCACUUGAAGGACAUUUUUUUACUCAAAUCAUUUACUUGGAAAAAAAAACACCUGAGGAUCAAUAUACACGGGAGAAACCAUUGAGCUGAAACUGCCGUGGAGAUGUGUUCACUAGCUGAAUGAAAUACCCUUUUGCAAUC